CUCCUCUGGGAUCUGUCUCCAACUUCAAGGUGAUGUCCCACACCAGCACCAGCCUGUCCUUGGCCUGGAGCGCCACAGCCGCUGCCACCAAAUUCAAACUCACCUGGAGCCCCAUGGGAGCAGGCAAAGGAAAACAGGUUGCCAGGACUCGCUACCUGGGCAGCAGAGUGUUGGCUCAUCGGAUUGAGCACCUGGUGCCCAACACCCUGUACAGGGUCAGUGUCCGGGCUGUGUUCAGCAGGACCGAGGGGCCAGAGGUGGUCCUGACUCACCACACAGCUCCUUCUGGAGAUUCCAACCCCAUCCUGACCAUCCAGGACCUGAGGGUUACUGACAUAGGUGUAAACACUUUGAAGCUGGCUUGGAAAAAGCUUCCUGGGAUAAGUCACUACAAGAUAUCCUGGGAGCCAUCCAAUGGCGACUCGGAAUCCUCCCAGCUGGUCCCAGUGGAUGCCGCUUCCUUUGCCAUUCCCAAACUGAAGGACAACACCAGCUACACCAUCUCCGUGUCUGCGGUGGGAAAGGGACGGGAGGGAAAGCCCGCGGUGCUCACA